CAAGGCCAUUGAAACAGCUAUCCCAUCCAACCACCUUGCAUCUACACAUCUCACAUCAUGUCUGUCGCCAACGGAGGUCCUCUCGCGACCACAUCGGGCGGCAUGAAGCCCGUCCAAAUUGCCCAGGUCAAGGGAAACUCGCGCGAGAACCGUACCGCCGCACACUCGCACAUCAAAGGCCUGGGUCUGCGCUCAGAUGGCCGCGCAGACACGAAUGCUCAAGGCUUCAUCGGCCAGGUCGCUGCCAGAGAGGCUGCAGGCGUCGUCGUUGAUUUGAUCAGAGCAAAGAAGAUGGCCGGUCGUGCUGUCCUUCUCGCCGGAGGUCCUGGAACUGGAAAGACUGCCCUCGCAUUGGCCGUGUCACAAGAGUUGGGAACAAAGGUGCCGUUCUGCCCCAUUGUCGCCAGCGAGGUCUACAGCACAGAGGUCAAGAAGACGGAAGCCUUGAUGGAGAACUUCCGCCGCGCCAUCGGUCUGCGGGUACACGAGACAAAGGAGGUCUACGAGGGCGAGGUCACAGAGUUGACUCCCGAGGAGGCCGAGAACCCGCUAGGUGGCUACGGUCGCACCAUCUCACAUCUUCUCAUCACCAUGCGCUCUGCCCGUGGUACAAAGAAGCUACGUCUGGAUCCCAGCAUCUACGAGGCCAUUCAGAAGGAGCGCGUCCGCGUCGGAGAUGUCAUCUACAUUGAAGCCAACACCGGUGCCGUCAAGCGUGUCGGUCGCAGUGACGCCUUUGCUACCGAAUUCGAUCUGGAAGCCGAGGAAUACGUCCCCGUACCAAAGGGUGAAGUCCACAAGAAGAAGCAAGUCGUCCAGGAUGUCACUCUCCACGAUCUGGAUGUCGCAAACGCCCGUCCUCAGGGUGGUCAAGACGUCAUGAGCAUGAUGGGUCAAUUGAUGAAGCCUCGCAAGACCGAAAUCACCGACAAGCUACGCGCAGAGAUCAACAAGGUCGUCAACAAAUACAUCGACCAAGGCGUCGCAGAACUCGUCCCCGGUGUCCUCUUCAUCGACGAAGUGCACAUGCUCGAUCUGGAAUGCUUCACCUACCUCAACCGCGCCCUCGAAUCCUCAAUCUCGCCCAUCGUCAUCCUAGCCUCCAACCGCGGCUCCACCACCAUCCGCGGAACGGACAACCUCGUCUCCGCCCACGGUAUCCCCCCAGAUCUCCUCAACCGCCUCCUCAUCGUCCCCACCCACCCUUACUCUGCAAACGAAAUCCGCAGCAUCGUCGCAACACGCGCCCGUCUCGAGUACUCCAGCGCCGCACCUCCUUCCCUCCAAGCCGAUAAACCAAAUGCCGCUCAAGGACUCGUCCAAACCACCCAACUCGCAGACGAAUCUCUUGAUCUCCUCACAAAGCACGGCGAACGUGUGUCUCUCCGCUACGCCAUCCAACUCCUCGCUCCCUCUGCCAUUCUAUCUCGCUGCAGAGGCGCAGAUAACAACAUCGUCAUGCCGCAAGACGUUAAUGAGGCAGUGGAUUUGUUCUGGGAUGCUGGACGCAGUGCCAAUGUGUUGAGGGAGCAAGGCAGCAGUACUGGAUUCAUCUCAUAGAAGGACAUUCUUGGAUUUGUGGACUUAUGGAGCUACGGAGAAGCAGGGGUGUUUACGGCGUUUACGAAUGAAAGGGUGUGAUGCAUGGAGGAAAAUAAUCUCUCUAUCAAAAAGAGGCAGUAUUUGUACGAAUGAAUUGAUAUCCCAAAACAAACUUUUUCUUUUUCUUUCAUGUCCGAGAAUAAUCUUUCAAGUAUGCCUCUGGUGUAGUUCAGAAACCCUGGGUUCUGACAAGAACGAUCGAUAUGGUUGCGUCCAUCAAAUUUUGGGUGACCAAGUG